UGUAUAAAUUUUGACCGGUGGGGAAGAACACAGUUUCGGGAGAUCAGGGGAAGUCGAUGAAGAGCGAAAAGUAGCCGAAGCGGAAAGAAAGAAAGACACCCCUCUUCUCCUCUCUCUGGAAAUGGAACCCGAACCCGAACCCGGAUCCGGCUCCAGGGGAGUCCUCAUCCCCAUCACCUCCCACACCGUCGCCGCCACCUCUUCGUCUCCACCGCUUGACGACGAAGAUGACGAUCACCAUCCUGAUUUCUCUCCCGUCGGAUCCCCUGACUUCCACGAGGAUCUUCCUCAGCACUCCGAUCAACCCCACCCCUCCUCCAUCGCUCCUCUCACCGAUGAUCUUCGCCUCAAGAUUAUCAAGCAGGUGGAAUAUUACUUCAGUGAUGAAAAUUUGCCAACGGAUAAGUUUCUUCUGAAAUAUGUGACCAAGAAUGAGGAAGGAUAUGUUCCUCUUAAAGUCAUUGCUUCAUUUAGAAAACUGAAGAAGCUGACCAGGGAGAUACCUCUGAUUGUGACUGCACUCAAGGACUCCUCUCUUCUGGUUGUCAGUUCUGAUGGGAAAAGGGUGAAGCGACUAAAUCCUCUCCCAUACAUUGAGGCCAGGGAUCCUCAGCUAUGCACUGUAUUGGUGGAAAACUUACCAGAGGAUCAUUCGGUGGAAAAUCUUAGGCAACUAUUUGGUUCUGCUGGACGCAUCAAGCAUAUCAGCAUCCGGGAACCACAUGCUGAAAGAGAUCCCAAAAAGUGUACAAUUGCAGAGAAGCUGCUUAGUGGCAAGCUCCAUGCUCUUGUGGAAUUUGAUACUGUGGAAUCUGCUGAAAAAGCUGUGGCCACUUUGAAUAACGAACAAGAUUGGAGAUUUGGCUUGCGGGUGAAACUUCUCAAGAAAGCGGCGAGCAAGCGGGGACAGAAAAAGAAAGUCUGGAGGGAGUCAGAUCCUGAUAGGCAUACUUGUGGUCAAGCAUCUGAUCAAGCUAUAGAUGAGGAGAACCACCAUCCAAGCGAGCACCAUGGUGAUUCACAUGAUGAAGAGGAAGGGGACCAUUUAUCAAAGGAGACAAUUGGCGAGCAUGCACCAAGGGAAAAAAAUGGACAUACAGGGCGCAACAGAGGACGUGGAAGGAGGCCGCAAAAACGUGGUACAAAUAUGCCAGUCCAUGGAAUGCAUCCUUCCUCCGGUCACGGUCAUGGUACUGAACCCUCAAAACCUCCUCCGGGUCCAAGAAUGCCAGAUGGAACUAGAGGAUUUACAAUGGGGCGAGGACGACCUCUGGCUUCAAGUCCAGUCUAAUGUUGCUUCUAUAGUGUUUGGUUGUUUGAUGAUCCUGGUGUGUAAAUGCAGGCACAGCCUGGUCAUGUAUAACAAUUAGUGAUGGAUUUCUGGCGCCUGCUUUUGGUGGUUCUAUUUUUUAUUUUUGCUUUGUAAUGGUCUCUACUACCUAUAACUUGAUGCUUAUGGAGAAUGGGGUGUUUUAAUUGAAUCCUUGCAACUUUGCUAGA